AUAUUGGCCAUAUACCACACCCCCUCGUGCCUUAUUGCUUAAGCGUAUAUACCACACCCCCAAGGAGCCUUAUUGCUAUUAUAAACUGGUUACCAAUGUAAUUAGAGCAGUAAAAAAUAAAAUGUUGUCAAAGCCGUGGUAUACGGUCUGAUAUACCACAGCUGUCAGCCAAAUCAGCGUUCAAAUCACCCAGUUUAUAAAGUGCCUUAGACCGCUGUGCCAAUCGGGAGGCCCCCUCUUGUGUAAACAUUUUAAAAUUACAUUUUAAAGACAUUAUCUUCACACAUAUUUUAGAUGCUUUUCACUGACUGCCGCAACUCAAUCAGCUAGGCCUAUUGCGACCCACUCCGCCAAAAUUGUGGGCUUCCCAAAUAGGCAUAGGCCUACGAGCAUGUGAUUUGAAACAAUCCACAGCUAUUUUGUCCAAGAGGGUAAUGAUCCUCGAUUCCUCUGUGGCCAAGUCAUGCUUUCUGAUGUAGUAUUUUUAAUGAUUUUAUUUAUUUCUGUAUAGACAUUUACUUUCCUAUUGGACCCACCACUAUGCCAUUUCGCUCCUGUUCUAUUGGUUUUCAUAUCAACUUUCUUUCAUUGUGCAGAAGCCAAAGGCCCAAUCUAAGUCAUAUUAACAACCCAUCCUACUUGUUGCAGCUUUCAAUUCCCCCUCUAAGUUUCUAACAAAGAUUUUAAUCUGUCACAUAUGGAACUGCUAUCAGGUGCUGCUGUUUGAAAUUGCGUUUUUCCAGGUGCUCUUUUAAGAAUGGUGUUUGCCAACAAUUGUUAGAAAACAGUUUUAUUGGUUGCUUCAUUACAUGAGUUGCAUGUUCUGUUAAGAUGCAUUACCAUAAUCUACAUGUGAUUACGUCAUUCUGAGCACUGUGGGUGGAUGCUCUAAUGGACCCAAUUCAUAUGGUUCUGGUAAAUUUCUCAAAUGGCUGGUCACGUUGUCUGUCCGGCGCCACAUUUUCCUAAGAGAAACCCUGGAAUGUGCCCACUCUGGUAUUGGCACACACACACAUACAGUAAUGGUGCGCGAGUCAGCUGUUUGUUCACCCGCCCACAAAUGCUAAUAACCCACUUGCAACCGCCCAACUAUGUGAAAAUCUGAGGCCCUUACCUGGCUAAUAUAGCAAAUGCCUAUAUUCUACCAGUGGUGUGUAUUCAUGGAUGCCAAGAGAAGCCAGGCUUCCUCAAAUGUACAGGAAAAAAUAAAAGAAUUGUCUUUCAUAAUUUUCCUUCAUUUCGCAAGAGGCUGAAUGUCUCACUGGAGAACGCAUCGGAGUGAGUGAAACAGCGCCACAAUGUCUCUUUUUUGCAUCAGAUAGAUGGCCUACACAAAGUGACAUUGUUGCCGCCCAUCGCAUUGAACGCAAGGGAAGCCAGCGAGCAUUUGGCCUCCCAUGAUAAAAAAAAUUGCCAAUCAGCGUUGAGCUAAACUGAGUGAGCUCAACUGAAUGGUCCAGCCGCACCAAAAAAAAAAGUGUAAAGGGAAGCCAUUUUGGAUUUAGCUUCAUUCCAAUCGCAUCAAGAGCAUACGUCAUUGACAGAAACUCGCUGUGUUGUCGUCCUCCAGUGGCUAGCUAGUUAAAAAUUGGACCUUUCCUAAAUUAGCUAUGGAUGGAGAUAGGGAUUUGCACUUGUGGUUUUACUUAAUUCUCUGUACCCUCCAAUGAUUAUAAAGGUGAUCAUAAUCCAACCAUAAAUUCAUACAUUGUGCCACUGGCCUGAGAGGAUGGAAGUUCAAUAUGUAGCUAGAUGUAGAAGGCUAAUGUUAACUAGCUAACGUUGCCCACGAAAGGAAGUUAGAAUAGCAAGCAAGCAUUUUAGCCAGGUAGCCUAGGACAACAAUUUAAGCAUGUACUGUAUGACAGUGAUAAACCAUUUUGUCAACAUGAAAGAGGACGGCAUUGGCGUUUCUUAACAAGUAGGAUGAGUUAUGUUUUUCCUUCUUGCACGAACCUGCAUGUGCGCACACACACAAAUCAGAACCAUAGACAACCAUGAACAGCCACGUCAUCUUUGGAUCACGUUGAUUGGACUAAAUAGUUUUUGGUAUUUUUUUGUUGUCAUGGUAUUAGACUAAGCAUAGGUGAUUUGAUGAUGUUGAAAUGGUGCUGGAAUAGUGGAGGCAGCUUCUGUUUUCUACUUGCAGUAACUCUCUGUGGUCCUAAAAUAAUAGUUGUUUAGUGGUGCGAAAAUGUUGGAAACAUUAACUGGCUUGACCAUGCUGUAGGUUAUACCUUAUUUACAUAAGUAUUUAGACAUUUACUAUGAGACUCGAAAUUGAGCUCAGGUUCAUCCUGUUUCUAUUGAUCAUCCUUGAUGUUUAUACAACUUGAUUGGAUUCUACCUGGGUUAAAUUCAAUUGAUUGGACAUGAUUUGGAAAGGCACUCACCUGUCUAUAUAAGGUCCCACAGUUGACAGUGCAUGUCAGAGGAAAAACCAAGCCAUGUGGUCAAAGCAAUUGUCCGUAGAGCGCCGACACAGAGGCACAGAUCUGGGGAAGGGUACCAAAACAUUUCUGCAGCAUUGAAGGUCUCCAAGUGAGCAGUGACCUCCAUCAUUCUUAAAUGGAAGAAGUUUGGAAACAUCAAGACUCUUCCUAGAGCUGGCCGCCCAGCCAAACUGAGCAAUCGGGGGAGAAGGGCCUUGGUCAGGGACGUGACCAAGAACCUGAUGGUCAUUGAGAGCUCCUCUGUGGAGAUGGGAGAACAUUCCAGAAGCACAACCAUCUCUGCAGCACUCCACCAACCAGGUCUUUAUGGUAGAGUGGCCAGACGGAAGCCACUCCUCAGUAAAAAGCACAUGACAGCCCACAUUGAGUUUGCCAAAAGGCACCUAAAAGACUCUCAAACAAUGAGAAACAAGAUUCCCUGGUCUGAUGAAACCAAGAUUUUACUCUUUGGCCUGAAUGUCAUGUUUAAAGGAAACCUGGCACCAUCCCUACAGUGAAGCAUGGUGGCAGCAUCCAUGGUGGCAGCACCAGGGACUGGGAGCCUAGUCAGGAUUGAGGGAAGAUGAACAGAGCAAAGUGCAGGGAGAUCCUUGAUGAAAACCUGCUCCAGAGCGCUCAGGACCUCUGACUGGGGCGAAUGUUCACCUUCCAACAGGACAACGACCCGAAGCACACAGCUAAGACAAUGCAGGAGUGAUUCGGAACAAGUCUCAAUGUCCUUGAGUGGCCCAGCCAGACUUGAACCAGAUCAAACAUGUGUCAUGGCCUUGCAGUCGGAUACCAAUUAGUUCUGGCAGUCAAGAUGCUCUCACUGGUGCAGCUGUAGAACUUUGAGAAUCUGCCAAAUCUUUUCAGGCUCCUGAGGGGGAAGAGGCGUUGUGUUUUCAACAUGACUGUUGGUGUGUGUGGACCAGGUUAAUUCCUUAUGUAACAGUAUAGCUUCCGUCCCUCGACAACAGCCACCCUAGAAGCAUCGUUACCUAUCGCUCCACAAAAGCUGUGGCCCUUGCAGAGCAAGUGGAACAACUACUUCAAGGUCUCAGAGCAAGUGAUGUCACCGAUUGAAACGCUAUUAGCAAGUACCACUGCGAACUAGGUAGUCAUUAUACAUCGGUUACACUUAGUGAUGUGAUAUUUCACUAACGGUAUGUAAAAAUGGAUUUACUUACUUUGAUAGGUUCACACCUUUGCCCACGAAGCAGCCAAUCUUUUGGAGACGGUUUUGGUCAAAAUGCUGUGUUUGCGCCAGCCGAAAAUAGAGCUCUGGAUGUGUAGCUAACUUAAUAAAACAGUACUGCAUUUCAAAAAACAGCGCGCUGCCAUCUUACCCUUUUCAUUUAACCACACCCUUUGAGCUAUGACGCACGCCAAUAAGAUCAUUUCUCUUCAGUUUAAACGGAAGUGAACAAUGACCGAGUACAAUUUCCACUUCAGCGUUUUUAUUUUUGUUAUGUAGACGUUCUUUAACACCAUGUAACUCUAAAUAUUACUAAUUUAACUGCACGGCAUAACAUACUUACCCCCAGGUGGUGUUUAAUUCACGUUGGAGACAGGACUUGGUUAAUAUAUGUUAUCUAGGUAACGCUAGCUAGCAAGGAGCUAACAAUGGCUAACUGUAUGGUUUAUCACACUCAAAUAGCCUCCAUUAUGGAGGUGCUAGCGAAUGCAGCCGUGGCAGAGAUCUGUAAACUCGUAGACGAUGACUAUGCAGUGAUCCGUUUGGAAAUGUCUCAAAGCCAGAAAGAAAACAGGACAUUGCGGAGGAAACUACAGCUACUGGACCUGAAGAUGGCACGGGAGCGCGUCCUCGCCAGUCGUCCCAGUAGUGUCAAGAUCCUCGACCGAUACAGAGGAAUGGCAAGAGGUGAAGGACAUCUCACUGGAGGCCACAGGGGCUUUGUGAAGCCAGCGGUACACAAUACAUGGAGAGAUGACCAACCAAUCACUGUUGAUGAGGGGAGUGGAACCUCAACCCAGCACGUUAUCAUGAUAGAGUCUGCAGAUGCAGAGGCUGCAGGUCCUGGGGUUAAGCAGGAGAGGUCUGAAGGAAAUGAGCUACAACACAGCAGAGACAUCCAGACUGGAGCAGCGGCUGGAGUAGCACCCCCUGUAGCCACGGAGGACUCUACCACCGCCCCAGCGCAGCCCAGGACGAGACGCAGCAUCACGGAGGAGGAGGGUCCAGAGGUGUUGCUGGUAAAGGAGGAGGGGUGUGAGGAGGGUCUGGGGAACCCUGAGGGGACCAUGGUCAUAGAGGACAACCAGACUACACCUCCUCCUGAACCCACAGAGGAAUCAGCUGAGCAGCACAGGACCACACACAGUCUCCCUGAGUCAGUAGACAUGGAGGAUGGGAAGCCUGAUCUGCUGCUGGUCAAAGAGGAGACAAUAGAAGAUGGACCAGAGAGCAUUGAUCAGCUGAGUGGACUAAAGAUGCGGGAGCAAGGUAGUUGGCUAGAGGCUAACAGAGGAGACUGGGCAGCCAUCUUGGAUCCCCAGACCCAGACGGGUGCAGCCAAGGGCCCGGGGGAUGACAUCCCCGAGCAGGCCAGGAUCAGAGGCGACAUAGUGGAGUCUGCAGUCCAUGAGGACCUGCUGAUGUCCAGUGUUGCUGGCGGGAGAGACUUGACCUCUGAAGCAGCUGGUCACAAACCCUGGCCCCGGAUCAGAACCAUGGAUCAGGAGCCGUUGCUCUUCCUUCCCGAGUCGGUACAAGGAUCGAACCACAAGGGACAGAGACUCCACCACCACACAGACCACAACCAGUGGACAGGUGGACUGAACAACCUCAGUCCUGGUGGUCAUCAGAGAGACAGAGGCUCCAGUCAGGGAUCCAUUCUGCAGCCCAGACCAUUCUCUUCACAGUCUCAGUGCAAGGAUGAAGCAGGGCCUGGGGCUGAUAGAGAUAGGCCCUCCUGUUCCUAUGAUACAAACACCACAGUAUCCAUGAUGAACAGAGCAGGUCACCCUGAGCUUCAGCCUUCACAGAGAGUGGUGGGCGACCCCCCUAGUGGUAGUCUAUCAGCAGGUCUGUCUUCUCCUUCAGGGUCUUGUCUAAUGCCUGGUGAUUGGGUUCAUAGAAAGCCUGGACCUGGGUCUAGCUUUCCUCAGUUACCUCAUGGUUACCCCACUAAUACAGACAGGGUCAGAAUGGGUGUUCAUCACAAGAGGUACCUAGCCUAUAACACAGCACACAAUCCCAACAACACCCAAACAAUGGCUAGAGGUCAAGGUAGGAGCUCAAAGACUAACCCCCUGAGGGUGGUGGCUCCUGGUUCUACCUCCUCUGGUGUCAUUGGGUCACAAUGUGGGAGGCCGAGCAUUAGGACAGACGCUGACAAGCCGUAUGCCUGCCCCACGUGUGGGAAGCGUUUUGCUAAGGUGAACUACGUGAAGCAGCACCAGACCGUUCACACCAAGGAGAGGCCCUUCAUGUGUAAGCUGUGUUACAAGAGCUUUUCCUUCCUUAGUAACCUCAUCAGACAUAGGAGUGUCCACAAUGGGGAGAAAUCAUAGCUUGAGAUGUAGGCUACAUAGGGGAUGUCUGGGACCCAUUCUUCAGCUGAAAUAUUCCAGUUAUCAUGUGAAGUGUCCUGGGGUAAGAGUUUUUUGGGGAUUACUAAUUCCUUCAGUUGAGCAUCUGGGUACACUCACAUGAUACAGACUUGUUUGGUGUGCUGGCGUUGUAAAAAACGUUGUAAUUGAAGUGUAACACUAUCGAUUUGUACGUAAACUCACUCUAGGCUAUCUACUCCAAUUUAAUGACUGGUGUCAGUAAACGUUGGCAAAAAAACGACAUUAAAUUGUUGCCUACAGCACAGUUACAGUCACCAACGCUCUAGAUAACAUGAAAACAGCCUAACCAGCUCUGUUAUGGCAAAAUAAAAUGGUCCGAGUGAGGUGUUCUCUUAUUUGUUUCUGGAAGUAGCUAGCAAGCUAGCCAACUUCAGCCAGUUAGCAUGGGUGCUUGACUGCCGUUAUGUCAGAACGCACGGAUCAACUCUACUCCUCUGCCAGUGUCCAGUGUGCGCUCUGAAUUUACGAACGGACAAUUUGCCAAUGCUCUGAAUUUACGUACGAAAACACCCUAUAUUCACCCUCUGAAUUUGGUUUUUCCUAUGUUAUCUUCAUAAAUAUAUAGUCCCUCGUUUUUAUAACACUCCUAGUCUGGGUACCAGUCUUUUUAGCUAACUUUCCACUCCAUGUCAUUGCCAAAGAUACUGGCCUUUCUGACGUUUCAACAAAUCAGGAUCAACUCCUCUGUUAACCUCUAACAUAAAUAUUUCCCACGACAUGUGGAGCCUCAAAUAGAAAUAUAACAACGUCAAAAUCUAAAAUGUUGUGGUUCGCUAUGCAAGAGGCUUUGUGGUUAAAAAAAUCAAUAUGUAUUUAGUUUGAAUCUAGAUUUGAGCUAACAACUUGGCAGACUGGUUACGUAUGGACAAACAAAGAACGAUUGCUUAGCAACCGGAUACCAACGUGUUCUGUGGGGGGGGUGGGGGGGGGGGGUCGACAGUUCCAAUAUUUAGAUAAUAUUUGUGAUUGGAGGAUAGCUGUGCGGUUUAUCUAAUCAGGAUCCACUCAUCUGUUAACCUCCAGCUCAUGAUAGAAUUUUCAUAUCUGAAAAUGGCAGGAGUGGAAUGUGAGCUAAAGAGACUGGUACUCGGGCUAUAACACCCCCCCCCCCCCCAAAAAAAAACAUUAUUUGGCAUAGUCAGGUGGUACAUGUUCCUUUAUGUGCUAUAAUUAGGUGAUCAAAUCUGUUGAUAAAUGAGAAUUCAUGUUGUCCUUUUGAUGUGUUGAUUUUGAUUAGCUUGUUUAUCAUUUAGAAUUAAAAUGACCUUAGUCUCCGUGGCUUCCUU